AUAAAGCCACCGGGCGGCACCCGAGAGUCGGAAACUACGGCGGCCGAGAGAUCCCUUCGGAAACAAAACAAGCGACUCCAGUGGGGCGAGACUUAGGAACUGAUAUAAGCUGGGCGCUCCGUGGGAGGAAGAGUAGAUCAUUGUAUUACUUUAGAAGAUAGUACCUGUGAUUUCAUAAGAAAACUCUCUACCAAUGCAGAUUGUCACCUCAGCAAAUUACAAUCUCAGAGAGUUGCCUGGAAGAUUGAGGGAUUAAGUGACUUUCCCAGGGUCACACAGUCAUUAGGAGUCAGAAGCAAGAUUGAACCCAGGUCUUCCUGAUUCUGAGCAUUGCAAGAGAUUUUGUGUUUUUGUGGAAAAGAGAAGUGUGUCUGUAAGACUGCUCCAAUGACUGAGCUGUCUGCACCCUUACCCUACUUCCAGAAUGCUCAGAUGACAGAAGAUAGCCAUAUGAGCAAUACAGUACGUAACCAGAAUGAUGGCAGGGAAAGACAGCGCCAUGAACACAGUGAAAGGCGGCGGCAUGGUAAUAACUCUGAGGCAGAGACUAAUGGACAACCCCAGGGUGGCACAAGGCAGGUGGUGGAAAACGAUGAUGAAGAAGAUGAAGAGCUGACUUUAAAAUAUGGUGCCAAACAUGUGAUCAUGCUGUUUGUACCAGUCACCCUCUGCAUGGUGGUGGUUGUGGCCACCAUCAAAUCCGUCAGCUUUUAUACCCGGAAGGAUGGACAAUUAAUUUAUACUCCUUUCACUGAAGACACAGAAACUGUAGGGCAGAGAGCACUGCACUCCAUUCUGAAUGCUGCCAUCAUGAUCAGUGUUAUUGUGGUUAUGACCAUCCUAUUAGUGGUACUUUAUAAAUAUAGGUGCUAUAAGGUGAUCCAUGCUUGGCUUAUAAUUUCCUCUCUCUUAUUGCUGUUCUUCUUCUCAUUCAUUUAUUUGGGCGAAGUAUUUAAAACCUACAAUGUUGCCAUGGAUUAUAUCACUCUGGCACUCAUGAUCUGGAAUUUUGGCAUGGUAGGAAUGAUUUGCAUCCACUGGAAAGGCCCCCUUCGUCUCCAGCAGGCGUAUCUCAUUAUGAUCAGUGCCCUCAUGGCUCUGGUAUUCAUAAAGUACCUUCCUGAAUGGACUGCAUGGCUCAUCUUGGCUGUGAUUUCAAUAUAUGAUUUGGUGGCAGUUUUGUGUCCUAAAGGUCCACUGCGUAUGCUUGUUGAAACAGCUCAGGAAAGAAAUGAAACUCUCUUCCCAGCUCUUAUUUACUCUUCAACAAUGGUAUGGUUGGUGAACAUGGCAGAAGGAGACCCAGAAGCUCAAAGGAGAGUUUCUAAAAAUUCUAACUACAAUGCACAAACUCCGUCAAACCAGAACUCCAGCAAUGUUACUGACAGUGAUGAUGGUGGUUUCAGUGAAGAGUGGGAAGCUCAAAGGGACCGUAAUCUGGGCCACCACCAUUCUACACCAGCAUCCAGAGCGGCUGUGCAGGAGAUUCCUGCAGGAGUUUCUACUCUGUCUGAGGAUCCUGAGGAAAGGGGAGUAAAGCUUGGACUAGGGGAUUUCAUUUUCUACAGUGUUCUGGUUGGCAAAGCCUCAGCAACAGCUAGUGGAGACUGGAACACAACAAUAGCCUGUUUUGUAGCCAUUUUAAUUGGUUUGUGCCUUACCUUAUUGCUUCUCGCCAUCUUCAAGAAAGCAUUGCCAGCUCUUCCAAUCUCUAUCACCUUUGGGCUUGUUUUCUAUUUUGCCACAGAUUACCUUGUGCAGCCUUUUAUGGACCAGCUAGCAUUCCAUCAGUUUUAUAUCUAGCACAUUGCAAAUUAGAAUCCUAUGGAUUUUUCUCCUCUGACUGUAGUAAAAUCUGGAGAGGACAAAAAAAGUUUUCCUCUGCCCUCAUGGAACAGUUUCAAGAAUCCUAGCUGGACUCAUUGCAACUUUCUGCCAGGUUUUUUUUUUUUUUGGUGAGACUUGCCUCCUUGGACACUGAAAAGCACUUCUACAGUAAAUGGUUUUAAAUAUGUUGAUUUUUGCUAUGAGAAGCUACCUGGAUUUGUGGAAUAGAAAUAGAAGAACAAUAAACCAAAAAGUUGCCAAUGCUUCCACUAGCAAUUAUCCCUUGGUCACAGGUAGAUAUUGUCAACACUACAGACUCUCAGGACUACUCUUGCCAAGAGGUUAAAGGAGGGAAGUUGUUCAACCAAACAGUAAUCUUUAUCUGAACCCAUGUUGGAAAAGUGACCCAAUAAAUCUGUAUUAGUUAAGUGUUGAACCAUUUGGGAGUAUCACCAGGUGAACAGACAUCUGCAGCCAAAUGGAAUGAAGAAAAGGGAGGCAACUUGCCACUUCCAGACUUUUAUGCUAAAAGUUCAAGCCAUUUUCAAGUAAGAGCAUCUCUUCCGCAUUGGAUCAAGCCAGGGGCUUCGGCAGAUUUUAAUGAUUUAUGUUCUCAAGCACUGAAAUUUUCACUUUUCACUUUUGCCAUUUCUUCCUAACCUCAAUCUGAAGUCAUUUGUGCUAGUCAAUCUCAAAGGACUUUGGUUCAAGAUUCAGUAGAUAUUGGUGGUAAGGGCACUGUCAUUCAAAGCUUGUUCCUUGCCAGUGUUCUCAGAAUGCUUCUGGAUAUUCUGCUAAAUUUCUAGCAUUUUUUUUCUGUGUUAGCAACUUUCAAUUAAUAUUUUUAUUUUCCAACAGACAUAUCAUUCCAAGUUCACUUUUUCCCACAUAUCUUUCUUAUUUCUCUCUUCAACCCAACCUGCAUGUAAUUCUCCUGCCCAAGCAAGUAUGACAGAUAAACCUAUCAUGGCAAUAGAUAACCCAGUUAUUUUAAGAUUUUAUCUCAAGCAUGCUUGUGUGCUUGUAAAUUGCUGCGGUUAACUUUUUUAUUGUAAUUUCUUUACAAAUACACAGACUCCAUCAAAAGUUUGUAGUCAAAAGCUCUGGGGAAUUCAAACAAAAUAUAAUGCUUGGUGAUACUCUUCCUUUCCUGGUUUCUCUCUUAGUCCAACUCGGUGUUCCUGGCAGCUGUUGAGAAUUAGAAUGAACUGCUGAAGGCAAAUUAUUUUUUUAGGUAGUUUAUGAAUCAGUUUUGUUUAGCAAGGUUAGAGACUAGCGUGUAGAAAGAGACGUUAUUUUUAAGAGACAUUAUUUUUAAUCUACAAGCUUGACCUGUGAAGGAUCAUGGUGUUAGGAGAAAAAGUCACCAAUGAGGGAAGAAGAAAGAGGCGUCACACAACUAAUAGGGCAAAACAAACCAAAUGCUGAAGAGCAGAUAUCAAAUCAUUAUCAAAAACCUUACAAUUGGUUUCUUGUGGUUAAGCCUCUCCUGUUGCAGGUUAUUUCAAAGUAUCUUUGUUUGAAUUUGGGACAGUGAAGACAGUGGCUUAAGCAACAGUGGAAUUCAGGUUCUAUACAAAUAUGCCAAACAAACAAAAAUCUGAUGACCUGUCCUUUCUAGAGGUAAUAUCUCUAACUAAGUCUGUGUGUGUAGACAGGGCACAAACUCUGUCAGCCCUCUUUACCUCAGAGAACCCUCAGCUCUAGUGGUCAGGCUGUGAUCCAGAAGAAUGAGGCCGUGCUGUGGCCCAAGAAUGGCCAGUAUCAUCUCUACUGCCCAGCAUGUCUCUGCUCUAGCUGGGAUGUAUUUUCUAGAUUGGGGUAAUUCCGUUUGGGGCUUGGAAUAUAUGCUCUGUCUUUGGGUGGCUUUGCUGGUUUAUUAUGGUAUUAAGUAAAAUGUGUGUAUUCAUUUGGUUUGGGAUUUUGUGUUCAGAUAAUGCCUUUAUAGCUAAAAACUUGCUUAUAUUAGAUUGUUUUGGGAACUUCAAGGGAAAUGAAGGUUGCAAAGAGAAAGGAUAAGUCUCAGAAAGUUUGAUUGUUUUGCUUUUUAAAAAUUUUAAUAUUUUCUUCAUUUAGUACUUUUCUCUCAGGCUUCUCUCCUUUCUUUUCUCCCAAUUAAAUACUUUACAGAAGGGAUAGGAGGGAUAUUAUCUCCUGGAGUUUUGCCUAUGACUCUGAAGUGCCACACACACGCACACAUGCGCACCCAGUUCAUGAUCUCAGGCAUCACUUCAGUGAAGCAUUAAGUGGGUUCUUAAAAUUUCCAAAUACUCUGUAUAAGUUUUUAUUUCAAACUAAGAUUCAUCCAAGAGAAAUUUAGAGGAGAGAGAGAGAGGAGAGAGUGUAUGUGGGGGGGAGGGGGCGUGCAUGCGCAGGUGUGUGCGCCAUCCUGUGCUCUAUUUUACCCCCUUGAAAGGAUUAUAAUGCUACAUGCAAAUCUGAACUGUUUCUGAACCAAGUUGCAUAACAACAGAUAGACCAUUAUAUGUUUCAUUAAAUGGAACCAAGAAUAUCAGCAGCAUGAAUUUAACCCCCAGACUCUCUGAGGACAAGUUUGGAGAUUCCAGCAUAUCAGAUUAUGAGUCUUUCAUAAUGAAAAAUUAAUUAGGUCACAGUUUGGAGCAGAGAAAAUUCCAGAUACACACUUGAAAUUCAUUCAGGGAUGGGCAGCCACAGAAUUCGUCCCUUUAAUUGUGGAUCUGGAUAUAACUACCAGUUGGGCUUUUCCAUUCUAUUCCACCACCUAUUGAAUUAAUUAACCAGCAAAGUGCAAGAAAUUCUUAAGUCAGAUGGAUUAUAAGUUUGUAAAAUUCCCCUUAAAAAAAAAAAGUUCAGAUAAUAGAAAAAAUGGGAGAUAUGCAUCUAGUUUUGAUGCAAAACAUAUUUACAAAAUAAAAACAUAUAUAUUUAUGUAGAAAAUAGUUCACAGGAUGUAAAAUUGAUAAUAUUUGAUGCCUAAGACUAGAAGUCACAGCUUUUUUUUUUCUGGCUUGGUAUAUUAUCCUAUUUCUUCAAGGCUGUUUCUAUCCUUUCUUCUUUUGGAUAUAUUUAGUUAUGUUUUUUUUACCAUAUUGACCUUUUUUUUUUUUAAACAAACUUCCCUGUCCUAUUAUAGAACCUUCCUACUAAAAGUUAAGCUUAACCACCCUCAGAACAAAUUGCAUACACCAUAGAUUUUUAUUGACUUAUUUUCCAUUCAGAAAAGUGGAAAUCUUGACCCUUGCAGAGCAACUUGGAAGAAAAGUGUGAAAAAAGUAAGGGAUUUAUGAUUAAUUAUCCACCCAUAAAAGCAAUGGCUAAAUACAUGAUUUAAUUCCUGAAUGUGGGAUUUCCUCCUGUAUGUCAUUUGCAUCUAAGCAUCUCCUAAAGAGUCACUAGGGCUGCAGACAAUACUGGAUUAUAUUUGGCUUUGCUCUGAUACUGCUGCCCCAACGAUCUCAAAGCACUUGUCAUACAUUCUAUCUGUAACCCAACUUGCAAAAGGGGAAAUAAAAAAUUAAGCAAGUAAGUGAAGUCAGGUGAUGUUGGAAACAGAACUAGAACUGCGUUCUGUGAUUCCUGACUACAAGUUCCUUGUUUUAUUCACUAGGCUGUGCUCAAUCAGCAUAAUUUUUUUCCUGCAAGGAGGCUACACUACUUUGGACUUUUCUAACUUCUUCAAGAGAUUCGCUUGAAAAAUGUCAAUUUCCUCUUUUCUAAAAUGCGGAUAACUUUAAACUCUUUAAAACAUCAGAAACUUUAGGCUUAAUGACUGUACUGUAAUCUGUAACCACUUUGUCAUGGUUGUCCUUAAGGGCUCUUGCCACACGAACACAAUUGACACUGAAAAUUGCAAUAAUGCUGUAAGGGCCUUAUGUAGCAUAUGCUGUCACAGCAUCUCUACCUGCACCCUCUCUGCAUGAGAAACAGGCUCAUGAAAUGGGUUGUGCUCAUUUUGAUUUCUCUGAACGAACUGAGGUUUCUCUAAAACUCCUUUAUGUCUAAAUUUGCCCUUGUCCUGGUAUGUGAUGGACAGAACCCCAUCCUCCUAGCCUCCUUCUUUCCCUGCAGAUGCCCUAAACACUGUGUUGGAGAGGAGCUUUCAGAACUGGACAGCUGAUCUCCGGAUUUCAUGGCAGACUUUUAUAUCUUCAAUUUGAGCAAAGAGCAUAUCUUCAUAACAUCUUUAAAAAUCCCAGAAUAGAGGACUUAGAGAAACACUCGCCAACUUUCAACUCUUCGCAGCCCUGUCAUAAAAAGAAUGGUAUCUGAGCAGCUUAUGUGGAUACCAUUAUCUGGUGGUCUCCCCCAGUUGGAGGAAGCACCUACCUAAGGAGAGGUAGGCUACAGGUUAGGUACUGCCUUGACCACCAGGAGAGUUAUGAUCAGAAACCUACCACUUCUAACCUGCUGUACUUGAAAGCUGCUUCCUGCUAACAUGAUUCAAUGCUUCUGACUACCAAGCAGUUUCAGAAUAUCUCAGAAAGAGGUACCACUUCCUUGUCACUUACUCAAUCAUUAAUAUGAAGAGAUAGUCAGAUCCGUCCUUGAAUGUGCCUGACUAGAGCUUCAGGUUGAACUAUGCAGCUGGAAGUUUCCUUCUUUGGACAUUUUCCUUUUCAAAAGAACAAGUAUUUAUUGGAACCAUUGGCAGCAGCUUCACAACUUUGAAUCAUGCAGUGGUAGCUACAAAGUUGUCCAUGCUGCCGCAGUAGCUUGGUUUUACAAUGCAAUUGGGCAUGCUGGAAUAUGGACUUUAUUGGGAUUCCUUUACUCUCAAGUGUUUGCUGUUUUGUUUUUAUUUCUACAGACACUGAUUUGUACAUAAUCCAAAAAGAAUGUGAAAACAUCUUUUUGUAACACCUUUCAAAUUCUUGAUAAGAUAAAAUUUUGAUAGAUUGCAAAUUUUCCUGUAUUUGUCAGAAUAAUAAAUUAAAGAUCGCAUGAAUCUUA